AUGAGAAGGUUUAGUACCACGGCAAACGAAUCACACCACUCUGAUAGGCAGUUCCAGCAAUCAGACGAAACACAACUGAAUAACCCAAUAUUUAUCGGGGACAAUGGAAUAGCUUUGGAAACCAUUAGUUCUAACACAUCUGAUGACUCCUCUAGGUCUGGUUACUCAACCCAGGAACUGUCCCACCUUAUGACUUCAACCAACCCCCCCAAAAAUAGAUGGCGGAUUGCCUCAACUAUAUUAUUCAAUUUUACAAGUGGGUUUAGUGAUGCUGCUCCCGGUGCAUUGUUGCCACACAUUGAAAGCUACUAUAACAUUAACUAUGCCAUUACAUCGUGUAUCUGGGUUAGUAACGCAGUGGGGUUUAUUUUAAUUGCUGCAUUUUCUCACAAGAUCCAGCCAUGGUUUGGGAAACGCAAUAGUUUACCCAUAGGCAAUGCUUUAAGUUGUGUGAUGUAUGCUAUUGUUGCCAGCGGAACCAAGUUUCCUGUUGUCGUGCUUGGGUUCUUCUUUGGUGGUUGUGGGUUGGCUAUGGUUGCUGCUCAAUGCAACAUCUUUUUGAGUCGGCUAGACAAACAAAGCAAAUACUUGGCUUAUUACCAUGGUAGCUACGGAAUUGGUGCCACUAUUAGUCCGUUGAUAGCAACCAGUAUUGUCAACAGCGGGGUCAGCUGGAAUCUUUUUUAUUUGAUCUUAUUGGGUUUAAUGGUAAUCACAGCAAUCAAUUUAUAUUUCUCCUUCCAAAAUGCCGAUGAAGAUUUGAAACCUUGGGAUCACGAUGAGGCAGUUCACAGCUCAUCAACUUCGGUUGAGUUGGAAAAUUUGGACUCUAGAAUUACAAACACAACUAAUAACGCAAACACUACUACUCAAACGUCAGAAAUGGUGUUGGCCUUGCAAAGCCACGUUACUUGGUUGAUAGCCUUCUUCUGUUUGUGCUAUCAAGGAGCAGAAGUUUCUUUGGCUGGGUGGAUAGUUACAUUUUUGUUAGACUACCGUCAUUCUGAUGCAAAUAGUACUGGGUACAUUGCUUCUGGUUUGUGGGGUGGCCUCACCUUAGGAAGAUUGUUGUUAACGAGACCAAUUCACAAAUACAUUGGCUUGAGAAGGGGCGUUUUUAUUGUUUCAUUAGUCUCGAUUAUUUUGGUAUUAUUAACGUGGGUGGUGCCUGUCAUUGUUGUUGAAGCUGUUUUGGUAUCGCUUGCAGGAAUCUUUAUCGGACCAAAUUAUCCAUUGUUGAUUACUUACGCAGCUUUACCUGGAUUGAUUCCUAGAAAGAUUCAAGUUGUUUCGAUUACCAUUAUGACUGCCUUUGGGUCAACUGGGGGUGCAUUAUUUCCAUUUAUAGUUGGUGUUUUGCUGCAAAAAGUUGGCACAUUUGUUGUGUUACCGGUUUUCAUUGUGCUUUACGCAUUUAUGGUCUUCCUCUGGAUGCUCUUACCUAAUACAGAAAGACAAAAUAAACAAAACCAAACCCAAUUGAAUUUUUGGGAAAGGAUUUGGUGA